AUGGUGGCAUCAAUAUAUCGUCGUCCAUUAUUUCUGGAUAGCCUAGUCCAAUACGUUGACCACCAACGGACAGAGCUCGUCGGUGACAUCGCUCUCAUCUCCCACGAGCUUCACUGCUCUGGGGAGCGCUUUGGGUCCCUCUAUGCGACAAGCCUUCUUUCUCGUCUCGAUGCACACCUCCGGUUCAGGCCUGAGACACGGGAUUCCAGCCUGCUAGCCGCACAAGUCCAACAGCUUCUUGACGUCGGUGAUGUCGGCCAAGCAGUGCUGAUGCAAGAGACGCUGCUCCGGUCUUGUGCUGAGAAACAUGACAGCGCAAGUCAGUAUAUGUUUGAAACAAACCUGAAGCGCUAUGUUGAUCUUCGAAUCGAUCUGCGGCAGAGGAUCAGGCGUAUCCGAGGCGACAAUGCAAUAUUCGCUCCCACCUACAACGUUACCAUUCAAUGGCCAGGGGUCUCAAGAUAUCUACCCCUUGCUGUGCGAUAUUUUACGCUCCCCGAGGGACCCGGCCUGCUUGGGAGAAAUCCCUUGCAUGUAGCAGCAGGAGUAAACUGCUCAGAAAUUAUCGCACCACUGCUAAAUAGGGGCGUUGAUAUCAAUGCUGCAGAUGACUUUGGCCUCACGCCAUUGCAUGUGGGCUGUAUCCACGCGAGCGUAGAAGCGGUCGGCGUCUUGCUAGCGCGUGGUGCCCGGACAGAAUUGCAAGAUAAGGAAAAGAGAACAGCCCUGCAUUAUGCUGCUGUGACUGGACGAGGGAGCAUCGUCAGAGGUAUUCUCGCUGUCAAGCUGGACACGGCCGAGGUUAAAGACAGAUACGGGCGAACAGAAUUGUCUUAUGCGGCGAUAUUCGGACACGAGUCAGUAGUAGACUUGCUUCUUGAGACUGGGAAGGUUCAUCCAGACUCCAAAGACGAAAUCGGGAUGACUCCGCUGGCCUUCGCGGCGGCCGAGGGCCAUGGACCGAUCGUUAGCCGUCUCUUGACCACUGGCAAAGUCGAUGUGGGCUCGACAAACAAGGUGGGAAGGGGCCCGUUAGCGUUCGCUGUCGAGAAUGGGAAAGAGGACGUAGUGGAGAUGCUCCUCUCACAGCACAAUAUUAAUGUGAACCCUCGAGACGCGACCGGAUGCACGCCUUUGGUCUAUGCAGCGCGCCAGGGGUACGACGGCAUAGUGCGAUUGCUCCUCCGCUCCAAGGACAUCGAUGUCAACAGCCGGAAUUGCUACGGUCGCACGCCACUGUCCUAUGCUGCAGCAAGUGGACAUGUGGGAGUAGUCAAGCUUCUCCUCGCGGCGGGCUGUGAGUCUGUGACCCAUCAGUAG